CUUCACCACAGACGCAUCACCACCACACUCACCAUCACCACCACCACCACCUCCACAGAAUCAGGAAAGAAAAGACGAAAAAAGAAAAGAAAAAGAAGAGAGAGAAACAGAGAAAAACAAAGAAAAUAAUAAAAAAAGUAAAAAAAAAAAGUGAACGAAAAAUUGAAAACAAAUAAAAGUGAAGAAGAAGAGAUAAAUAAAAGAGAGAGAUAAAGAAAAAGAGAUAAUGGCGUCUCUUAGAUCAAUCCGUGCUGGUUUAUCUCGCUCCUACCACUCCUUAAACACGAUGGGAGGACAUGAAGAGGAAACAGAAGGAGGAGGAGGAGGAGGAGGAGGCAGAGAGAACAACAACACAACCUCCUCCUCUAACUACUCCGCGACUACUGACUGGCUCGGGGUGGACAACUUCAGAACGAGGAACAACAACAAAAGUUCGCCUCUCUCAGCCAUCAAGGUCGCUCUGUCUAAAGUCUCGCGAGGGAGGCAGAAUCACUCCUCCAGUAAGAUUUCCACUAUCCUGAAGGAGUUGGAUGACGAGUGGAGGAUCAGUGAGGAUGGCACGGAGGGUGAUAUCAUCCUAGGAAAACUUCGCGUCACCAACUCCAGAAUGCCUUCCUCCAUAGCUGUGCCCCCAGAACAGGCCUCCCUCCUCGGCACCAUGCCUGGAGAGGUACUGGACGACGGAGAUCUGAGGCAGGUGCAGCUGUCCAUCGCACCCUCCCGCACCCUAAGCGAGGAUGGUUCCACUGGCAGCAAGGUCACAGUGGACACCCCCUAUGGCCCCGUCACUGCUGCUGUCUCCGGCGACCCCACACGACCUGUCAUUCUCACCUAUCAUGACCUUGGCCUCAAUCACGUCACUAAUUUCCAGGCGUUUUUCCUGUACCCUGAGAUGAGGAAUGUGGUAAACAACUUCUGCAUCGUUCAUGUGAAUGCCCCAGGUCAGGAGGAGGGCGCCCCCACACUGCCGGAGGGAUACGUGUACCCCACCAUGGAGCAGCUUGUGGACACCAUUACCUGCGUGAAGAACCACCUACACCUGCGCUCCUUCAUCGGGUUUGGUGUCGGUCUUGGAGCUAACAUCCUGGCUCGCUAUGCCACAAAAUACCCCAAUCAUGUGGAUGCGCUGGUGCUGGUGAACUGCUCCUCCACUCAGGCUGGCUGGAUUGAGUGGGGCUACCAGAAGCUGAACAUCCGCCAUCUGCGCUCUGGCACCAUGACCACCGGCACUGUGGAUUACCUUAUGUGGCACCACUUUGGCAAGCUGGAGGAGUGUAACCAGGACCUUGUGACAGUGUACCGCCAACACUUUGAGCGUGCUAUCAACCCCACCAACCUCGGACUCCUUGUUGACUCCUAUAUCCGCCGUUCAGACUUGGCUAUCGUUAGGGAGCUGGACCCCAAUAAGAAGAAGGAUGUCCGAAUGAUCCGCUGCCAGGUCCUCAACAUCACUGCCAACCUGUCACCCCACAUCGAGGACACUGUUACCUUCAAUGGCCGCCUUGACCCCACCCUGGCCACCUGGAUGAAGAUCCAGGAUGUCGGGUUAGUGAUAGACGAGGCCCCUGGCAAAGUGGUGGAGGCCUUCAGACUGUUCCUCCAGGGCCAAGGCUAUGCCGUGCACAGUCGAGGCAUUGGAUCGCGUCAGGGCUCCAUCGCAUCCGUCACCUCAUCCACCGCCAGCCUGAGGGACUUGAGGGAAAGCAGGGACAUCCACAUUACAGAGAACCCACUCCAGAACCCCACUGCAUGAGAAUAUCCAGUUCGCCGCCACCGAUCCGAUUCACAGGACCACUACUACUACUGCUGCUGCUGCUGCUUCACCUUCGCCCAGUUCCUUGUCACUCUGCCAAGGUCUAGAGUGUUUUUCCUGUGUCUCUUUGCCUUCCUGUGCUUUCUAUUCCUCCUGUGCUUCUUGCCUAUUUUCACGCAGCCUUUCUCACCGUUUUUGUAGCUUUUAUUAGUGUUUUUGGGGUUUUCUGUUUUUUUUUUUUUUUCGUUUUCUUUUCUUUUUCUGUUUUUUUGUUCUCUAGUU